CAAAUACAAACUAACUGAGGGACCAAGCCAGCAUUCUCUUUCCCUUCUUUCUUUUUCCUUUCAAAAAGCAAAGUUAUCAUCUUUUUUUGCCUAUUCUCUCUCUCUCUCUCUCUCUCUCUCUCUCUCUCUCUCUCUCUCUCUCUCUUGUUGGAUAACCAAAUUGGAGCAACCCAUUUGCAUCUGGUUCGAGAAUCCCAAGCUCAACUACCCAUUAUUUGUCAUCUCAUGAUCUAGGUAAUAGCUCGCGAAAAUGACAAGGGUUACCCGUGAUUUUGGUGAUACUAUGCAGAAAGAGGCAGUGCCAGCAGUAUCUGCUGAUGUGAUAUUUGCUUCUCUUCGAUUUCCUAAUUACAAACUUGGAGUUAACAAUCAGAUCAUGGAGACAAAGGAUGACCCAAAAGUUCUAUCUAUGAAGGAGGUUGUUGCACGUGAGACUGCACAGCUGUUGGAACAGCAGAAACGUCUAUCUGUUCGCGACCUUGCCAGUAAAUUUGAGAAGGGUUUGGCUGCUGCUGCUAAGUUGUCUGAAGAGGCUAGACUUAGGGAAGCAGCUUCGCUGGAAAAACAUGUUCUUUUGAAGAAGCUUAGAGAUGCACUAGAAUCCUUAAAAGGGCGAGUGGCAGGAAGAAACAAGGAUGACGUACAGGAAGCUAUUGCUAUGGUUGAAUCUCUAGCAGUUCAGUUGACUCAAAGGGAAGGGGAACUAAUACAAGAGAAGGCUGAGGUGAAGAAGCUAACAAAUUUUCUUAAGCAGGCUUCUGCAGAUGCUAAGAAGCUUGUAGAUGAGGAAAGAGCCUUUGCUCGCUCUGAAAUAGAUAAUGCCAGAGCAGCAGUUCAGAGAGUGGAGGAGGCUCUUCAGGAGCAUGAGAGAAUGUCUCGAGCUUCAGGGAAGCAGGACCUGGAGCAAUUAAUGAAGGAGGUUCAAGAGGCUCGGAGAAUCAAAAUGCUGCAUCAGCCAAGCAAGGUUAUGGAUAUGGAAUAUGAGCUUCGAGCAUUGAGGGCUCAACUUGAAGAGAAGUCUAGACAUUAUCUUCGACUACAAAAGGAGUUGGCAAGGACAAAGAAAGGAGAGGAAAAUAUUCCCCAUUUAUAUGAAUUAGAAGGGACUGAAGCAUUAGGUUCAUAUUUGCAAAUUCAACCUUGCUCUGAUAAUGCUCAUGAACUUUUAAAAUGUUCAAUUCAGUGGUAUCGCGUAUCACCUGAAGGUGCCAAAAAGGAACUUAUUUCAGGAGCUUCCAAAUCAGUUUAUGCCCCAGAUCCUUUUGAUGUUGGACGCACAUUGCAAGUUGAUAUUAUUUCAGAAUCUCUGCAGAUCACAUUGUCAACCACUGGUCCAAUUGAUCCAGCUGCUGGUUUGGGAACCUAUGUAGAGGCACUUGUGCGAAAACAUGACACUGAAUUUAAUGUUGUCGUAACUCAGAUAAAUGGCUCACACCAUCCAAACGAAUCUAUUCAUUUACUUCAUGUUGGAAAAAUGAGGAUGAAGCUCUGUAAAGGAAAGACAACAAUUGCCAAAGAAUAUUAUUCAAGUUCAAUGCAGCUUUGUGGAGUUCGAGGGGGUGGCAAUGCCGCAGCACAGGCACUAUUUUGGCAACCAAAGCAAGGGCUUUCUUUUGUAUUAGCUUUUGAAUCAGUGCGAGAAAGAAAUGCAGCCAUCAUGCUUGCAAGGAGGUUUGCAUUUGACUGUAAUAUUAUUCUUGCUGGACCAGAUCACAUAGCUCCUAUAGAAAAGUGAUGGGAGCUUCCUUGAAUUUUUUUUAACUGUAAUUAUUUGAGUUUUCCUUCCUUGUAUUAUAAGUGUGUAAUAGUGAAAUGUGCCUUUGUAUUGUGCUAAGGAUUCAUACCACAGUGGUCUGAAUUCCUUUAUACAAUUUUCUUUCACCAACACCAGGGCAUUUUUUUUGUUUGCCUUUGUGAGUGACAGCUGAUAGAAGUUUUAGAGCUUAUAUUAUGGAAUUGGUGGAAGCCAUGUCCAGUGUUUGA